AUGACUACACCAAAGAGCACAGCCUUUGCUCUCAGCUUGAUUGGUGCCACCACAUCCUUUGUCUCGGGAUUUUUUGCGCCCUUGGUACGUGUGCUGGAAGCCAACUGGGGAUUUCGACGCACCAUCUUGUUGGGAAUUUGCCUCGUCAGUGGUGGUCUUAUUGCAUCAGGAUGGGCACAUCAAGUAUGGCAUCUCUAUUUGUCACAAAGUCUUUGUUUUGGACUCGGCUAUUCCAUCUUCUUUUUGGUAAUUUCGAAAACGGUGCCAGAAUGGUUCAGCCAUCGACGUACAACCGCCAUGGGCAUUGUUAUGAGUAGCGGUGGGCUUGGUGGACUCACAUUCCCCUUUGUCAUUACACCUUUGAAUGAAACCUUGGGCGUAUCAUGGACAUUUCGUAUCCUUGGUGCAGCCUUCCUUGGUAUCAACCUCUUGGCCAGCUUCCUCGUCAAGCCCAAACCACAAAAAUCAUUGCCUUCGACCACCACCUUGGCUUCAGUGCCAUCCAUUAAAUCCUUUAGUAGUAUGAUCCGCUUCAAGUUACUCAAGGCAAACGUCAACCUCAGCUUGUGGUGUAUUGCCGCUUUCUUGCAAGUCGUGUACAUGAACAUCCCAUUGUAUUUUUUGCCAUCCUACGCCACGCAACUCGGAUUGUCAACUACACAAGGAUCAUCCCUGGUUUCUAUUACAGCGGGUGCAACCUUCAUAGGCCGCCUUGCCGUGGGUGCAUUAGCCGAUCGUAUUGGCAACAUGAAUGCAUGCAUGAUCUUUAGCGUAAUUAGUGGUGCUGCCUGCUUUUGCAUUUGGACCGUUGCUUAUGACUACGCAACGCUUAUUGGCUUUGCUGUUGUUUUUGGAUUAUUUGGUGGAUCGUAUCUCACUACCAUGCCACCAAUCGUUCAAUCCAUUGUCCCUGAACAAUUUCCUGAAGGGUUAGCACUGGUGACAUUCGUCACAAGCCCUGCUUACGCUGGACCAUCCGUGGCUAGCAGCCUUGAGAACAUCAGUCAAUGGGAACCAUUUCUUGUAUACAAGGUGUUUUGUGGAUCGGUUUGCAUUGCCAGUGCCCUUUUAAUCUUGGCACUAAAGAUACGUAUCCAUGGUCGACACUUGCUGGCCAAGGUUUAA